CGGCCUCCUCUCGCGAGAGAGCGGACGGUGCGCGGCCGGCAGCGGCCGCUCCCCAUAAAUAGCGAGGCGAAGGCAGGCCUCCCCAGUCGGCUGCGGAGGCGGCGGCACCCCGUUAUCCGUGCUCCAGGCAGCGGCUCCGGCUCCUCGUCCUCGCUGGGCUUUGUAAGUUUCAAGACCUGAAAAAAUGGCAUUGGCAGCAAUUGAUCCAGAACAGAACAUUGUAUCGAGGGUUGUCAACCUUCCCUUGGUGAGCUCCACCUACGAUAUAGUGUCUACAGCUUACCUCAGCACAAAGGAUAACCAUCCGUAUCUGAAGUCAGUCUGUGAGAUAGCAGAGAAAGGAGUGAAGACGAUUACUUCAGUGGCUGUAACAAGUGCUAUGCCUAUCAUCCAGAAGCUGGAACCACAAAUUGUAGUUGCCAACAACUAUGCAUGUAUAGGUCUGGACAAAAUUGAAGAGAAGCUGCCUAUACUGAAUCAACCCACUGACAAGGUUGUUGCCAAUGCCAAGGAUGUAGUUGUUGGAGCCAGAGAUGCUGUAACAACCACUGUGACUGGUGCCAAGGAAACUGUUGCUCACACGAUAACUGGAGUUGUGGGCAAGACUAAAGAAGCAAUGCAAGACAGUGUAGAAAUUACCAAGUCAGUUGUCAAUGGCAGCAUCAACACUGUCCUGGGAAGUCGUGUGGUGCAAAUAGUGAGCAAUGGAGUGGACAGUGCUCUCACUAAGUCAGAGACCCUUGUAGACCAAUAUCUUCCACUUACAGAAGCAGAACUAGAGAAAGAAGCUGCAAAAGUUGAAGGCUUUGAAGUUGAAAUUCAAAAGCCAAGCUACUACAUAAGACUAGGAUCCUUGUCUUCAAAAGUCCGCAGCCGUGCCUACCAGCAAGCCUUAGAUAAAGUUAGAGAUGCUAAACAAAAGAGCCAGGAGACAAUCUCUCAGCUCCACCACACUGUUAGUCUGAUUGAGUAUGCCAGGAAGAACAUGAAUAGUGCCAAUCAGAAACUUCUUGGUGCUCAGGCAAAGUUUUACCAGUCAUGGGUACAAUGGAAGAAGAAUACAGGCCAAAAUGAUGGUGAUGAACCGCAUAGUGCUGAGCAUAUUGAGUCAAGAACUCUAGCUAUUGCACAGAGCCUCACUCAGCAGCUUCAGACCACCUGCCUCACACUGGUCUCAAGCCUACAGGGCCUGCCACAGAAUGUGCAGAAUCAGGUUUACAGUGUUGGCUCAAUGGCAGGUGAUGUCUACCAGAGCUUUCGCUCAGCAUCCUCCUUCCAAGAAUUAUCAGACAGCCUUCUUACUACUAGCAAAGGACAGCUGAAGAAAAUGAAGGAGUCUCUGGAUGACGUGAUGGAUUAUCUUGUUAACAACACGCCUCUCAACUGGCUGCUUGGCUUCACUGCUGCUUUUUAGGUGAUUGCUAUUGCCUGCCUUUAAUGAUGAACUAAGCUGUGAGCUGAUGGGUGUUCUAAUACUGAGAAGAGAAGGAUAUGGACAAAAAAAACCCCCUGUCCUGCCUUUGCAGUAGGUGUUCUGUGCACAUGAGACUGACGAUUACCUGCUUUGGCUGCUGGCUUCCUAUAAAUAGUUUAUGGUCCUCAGCUGCAAACAUCAGUUUUGACCUGGUUAAAUUUAUCCUCUUUUGAACUUGGGUGUUGAACUUGUACAUUAACACUCAGCCAUUUGGUGGAAUUGUUCCUCAAUAAAUGCUGCGAAUCUCUCCCCUGGAAAAGAAAUACAAUCACUAAGAAAUAAG